UCUGGCUCUUUUGUGAUGACCACAGCAGGGAAGCUUGUCCUGGGAGACUGGUCCUAUUUUGUGACGGAUUAUGACCCAACCAUCGAGGAUUCCUACACAAAGCAGUGUGUGAUAGAUGACAGAGCAGCCCGGCUAGAUAUUCUGGAUACAGCAGGACAAGAAGAGUUUGGAGCUAUGAGAGAACAGUAUAUGAGAACCGGCGAGGGUUUCCUGUUGGUCUUUUCAGUCACAGAUCGAGGCAGUUUUGAAGAAAUCUAUAAGUUUCAAAGACAGAUUCUCAGAGUGAAGGAUCGGGAUGAGUUUCCAAUGAUUUUAAUUGGUAAUAAAGCAGAUCUGGAUCAUCAAAGACAGGUAACACAGGAAGAAGGACAACAGUUAGCACGACAGCUUAAGGUAACAUACAUGGAGGCGUCAGCAAAGAUUAGGAUGAAUGUAGAUCAAGCUUUCCAUGAACUUGUCCGGGUUAUAAGGAAAUUUCAAGAGCAGGAAUGUCCUCCUUCACCAGAACCAACACGGAAAGAAAAAGACAAGAAAGGCUGCCAUUGUGUCAUUUUCUAAGAAUCCCUUGAAUUUUAGCUACCAACUGCCAGGAAAAGCCCUCAUCGUCUCCUCCUCUCCUUAUGGUUUACAUCACAUCGUGUUGGUACCUUUCUAGCCUUAGACACAAAUGAUCACCGUGGUAGCCUUAGACCAAGAAGCUGGCUAAUCCUUUCCGUGAAGCUAAUCCUAUGGUCAUUUCAAGACACAUUUAAAGGAAACACUAAGGCUGCUUCAAAGAUUAUCUGAUUUCUUAAAAAUAAUGAUCUAUAUACAUAGACAUAUUCUUUUUUAAGGGCUUACAUUUUAAUAGGGAUGAAUCAGUUUUGGAACCUAAGCUGUUUGCCAAGCUGAAGUCAUAGGUUGUGAAAUUAACUUUUAACUUCUGGAAUCAUAUUGCCUAUUGUUACCCUAAAUAGAAACAUGAGUUGUUUUUAAAUGUGAAUUUUUGCCUAUCUCUAAAAAUUUUGAUGUCAACUUUAGUUAACCUUAAGUACACUGAAUUGAAUCCACAGAAGUGAGACAUCUCAGACCUUUGCUGAUGCUACAGCCUUUGUUUUCCAGUGGCCAAAACACCAAAAUGCCUGUUAUGUUUAUAGAUUAAAAACUGCAUAUAAAGCCUUUAUUACAGCUCCACUCCUAAAGAUGAUAAUAAUGUUCUUUGUGGCCAAAUAUUUGGACUUAUUCUGCAUUUAGGCAUUUCAAUGUUCUUGGCUUUUUAAGUUAACUCUUUUCACAGCCAUGUUGAGAAGUAAAAAUAAAUAAUUUCUGUCUGUCUUCCUUUUCAAGUAUUUCUGGAUAAGGGAUUCAAAAAAAACUAAAACUGUUUUUGUUUGUAAUAUAAAAUAUGGAAUUGAUCUUUCCGGGGUCAGAGAUGAUUAAUGUUUUUGCUAUAUACUUUUAUACAUUAUUUUCUUAUCAAACUAGUUAACAAGUAUUUUUAUAUGUUUGUAAGCAAAUAUGCUUUCACAGCAUACCUUGUGUAUAUGUAAAGAUAAGUAUUUAAUUCUCACUGUUCACUUUUAACUGACAAAGAAAAAAAGUGAAAACUACAGAAACUGUGGUAGAGCUGUCCUUGCCAUCCCGGUCCUGGUCCUGGUGGCUCCCGCCUUUGGCCAGUCACACACCUGCUUGAGAAACCUCCUCCGUAGACGACAACAGGGUGAGAAUCUGAAGUCACUUGUGAUGUCCCGUACUAGGUAUUGACUGUUCUAUCAAGUAGUAAGUGUAAAACUUCUCUUUGACGAUUAGUAUAACUGUGGAUGGCUUCUGAUUUUUGUUUUUAAUUUUGUGGAUUGUGUUUCAACAAUUCAGAAGUAUGUUCCUGAUGGUGAGAUACUAAGUGGUAUUGCACGGUUGUCACUUUAUUGAAUGUGUACAACAGCCCCGUGAAGUUGAUAAAGCGUACCCUUGUAUAGCUUCAGGUGCUAGAAUUAAAACUGAUCUGUUAUCACAA